GCGCCCCCGGCGCCCAGGCCAUGGACUUCUCCAGGUUCCUGGCCGACGACUUCGACGUGAAGGAGUGGAUCAACGCGGCCUUCAGGGCCGGCCCCAAGGAGGCGGCGGCGGGGAAGGCCGACGGGCACGCGGCCACGCUGGUGAUGAAGCUGCAGCUCUUCAUCCAGGAGGUGAACCACGCCGUGGAGGAGACCAGCCACCAGGCCCUGCAGAACAUGCCCAAGGUGCUGCGGGACGUGGAGGCCCUCAAGCAGGAGGCGUCUUUCCUGAAGGAGCAGAUGAUCCUGGUCAAGGAGGACAUCCGCAAGUUCGAGCAGGACACCUCGCAGUCCAUGAAGGUGCUGGUGGAAAUCGACCAGGUCAAGUCCAGGAUGCAGCUGGCUGCCGACUCGCUGCAGGAGGCCGACAAGUGGAGCACCCUGAGCGCGGACAUAGAGGAGACGUUCAAGACGCAGGACAUCGCCGUGAUCUCGGCCAAGCUCAUCGGCAUGCAGAACAGCCUGGCCAUGCUCGUGGACACCCCCGACUACUCGGAGAAGUGUGUGCACCUGGAGGCGCUCAAGAACCGGCUGGAGGCCUUUGCCAGCCCCCAGAUCAUCGCCGCCUUCUCCUCGCAGGCUGUGGAUCAGGCCAAGAUGUUGGUGAAGAUUUUUACUGAAGUCGACCGGAUGCCCCAGCUUCUUGCCUACUACUACAAGGGCCACAAGGUGGAGCUGCUGGCCGCCUGGCAGGGCCUGUGCCAGAGUGACCUCCCCCUGGACCGGCAGCUCACCGGCCUCUACGACGCCUUGCUGAGCGCUUGGCACACGCAGACCCAGUGGGCCUCACAGGUCUUCAAGAACCCGGCCGAGGUGGUGGUGGUGCUGCUGAUCCAGACCCUGGGGGCCCUGGCGCCCCCGCUGCCCAGCUGCCUGAGCGACUGCGUGGAGAGGGCGGGGCCCGAGCUGGAGCUGUGCCGGCUGCUGGAGCUCUACGACGCCACGGCCCACUUCGCCAAGGUCCUGGAGGCCGCCCUGCUGGCCGGCCCCCAUGAGCAGAACCUGGUGAAGGUCACGGAGCUGGUGGACGCCGUGUACGGCCCCUACAAGCCCUACCAGCUCCGCUAUGGUGAACUGGAAGAAAAGAACCUCCUCAUCCAGCUCAGCGCGGUGCCCUUGGAGCACGGGGAGCUCAUGGACUGCGUGCGGGAGCUGAGCCAGUCUGUGAACAAGCUCUUUGGGCUGGCGGCGGAGGCCGUGGACAGGUGCAUGCGCUUCACCCACGGCCUGGGCACCUGCGGCCUUCUCGCGGCCCUCAAGGCCCUCUUUGCCAAGUACGUGUCAGACUUCGCCAGCGCCCUGCAGUCGGUGCGGAAGAAGUGCAAGCUGGACGACAUCGCCCCCAACGCCCUCUUCCAGGAGGACUGGACGGUCUUCCAGAGCUCCAUCAGGAUAAUAGCCACCUGUGGGGAGCUUCUGCGGCAGUGCGGGGACCUGGAGCAGCAGCUCGCCAACAGGAUCCUGUCCACGGCGGGCAAGUACCUCUGUGACUCCUACUGCCCACGGAGCCUCACCGGCCUGCAGGAUGGCCUGCUGGCAGACAGGAAGAGCCCGGCCAAGAACCCCUGGCAGGAGUACAACUACCUCCAGAAGGAGAGUCCGGCCGAGUACGCCAGCCUCAUGGAGAUCCUCUACACCAUCAAGGAGAAAGGCUCGAGGAACCACACCCUGCUGUCGGCGUCGCGCGCGGCCCUGACGUGCCUUAACCAGCAGGCCCACCAGUUGGCGUUUGACUCGGUUUUUCUGCGCAUCAAACAGCAGCUCCUGCUGGUCUGCAGGAUGGAUAGCUGGAACACGGCUGGCAUCGGGGAGACGCUGACCGACGACCUGCCCACCUUCAGCCUCACCCCGCUCGAGUACAUCAGCAACAUUGGCCAGUACCUCAUGUCCCUCCCGCUGAAUCUCGAGCCCUUCGUGACGCAGGAGGACUCAGCCCUGGAACUGGCCCUGCACGCCGGGAAGCUGCCCUUUCCUCCAGAGCAGGGGGAUGAAUUGCCCGAGCUGGACAACAUGGCUGACCACUGGCUGGGCUCCAUCGCCCGGGCCACAAUGCAGACCUACUGCGACGUCAUCCUCCAGAUCCCCGAGCUGACCCCGCACUCCACCAAGCAGCUGGCUACCGACAUCGACUACCUGAUCAACGUGAUGGAUGCCCUGGGCCUGCAGCCGUCCCGCACGCUCCAGAACAUCGUCACGCUCCUGAAGGCCAAGCCCGAGGAUUUCCGACAGGCCAGCAAGGGGCUGCCCCGCCGCCUCGUCUCCACCGUGGCCGCCAUGCGCAGCGUGGACCACUGACCAGCAAUGUGCGCAGGACAGG